AAACACAAGCAAAUAUAAUUUUCAUUGUAGUAUUUCGGUUCUUUGCGCUCUUGCUUCCUCGAUAACAUAGCCCAUAGCUUCUCUCUUUCUUCAUUUCGAACGUAUCACAAACAAAAGCUGCUCUUUUACUUUCUUCUUCUUCUUUUUUUUGGGAAGAAAAGCUCAGGAAGAUCGGUUUUUUUUUUUUUUCGGCUUAUGGAUAAAAUUAUGGGGAGGUAUCAUCGUUUUCAUCAGUUGAAGAAAGGUGAACAUGUACAGGCAGUGAAACACUAUAUGCCUCUUGAAGAUUUCGAUGAAGAAGAGUCUUGUGACCUUGUUUUCGUCUGUGCACCAAUCUAUGGUUACUGGAAUAAGAAAGCUAGGCCUAAGCUUUUGUCUCUUCUCUUUAUUUCCCUUCUUUCUUGCUGCUUUAUUUUGACUCCUCAUCUCUUUAGCUCUUCCUCUCUUCUCUAUUCGUUUGUGGGGGAAAAUGAUAGCCUUGCUCCAGAUGUUAAUGCUCCUUUGUGUGCUUCCAUAUCUAACGGAAGUUUAUGCUGUGACAGAAGUGGUUUUCGUUCUGAUGUAUGUAUCAUGAGAGGGGACGUGAGAACAAGCUCUGCUUCCUCUUCAGUCUUUCUCUACAACUCAGGUAACUCCAAUGGCUUCGUAAUGAACUAUAUUUCAAACAUUGUUGAAGGGGAAUUCCAGCAUGAAAAGAUUAAACCGUAUACGCGGAAAUGGGAAACAAGUGUAAUGGAUACCAUUGAUGAAUUAGAUCUUGUUUCCAAAAAGGAAAGUGCUGCAAUUAACCAUCGUUGUGAUGUUCAACAUGAUGUCCCGGCUGUGUUUUUCUCUACUGGAGGAUAUACGGGGAAUGUGUAUCAUGAAUUCAAUGAUGGGAUUUUACCCCUGUUUAUCACUUCUCAGCAUUUGAAGAAGAAGGUUGUAUUUGUCAUUCUUGAAUACCAUAAUUGGUGGAUUAUGAAGUAUGGUAAUAUCCUUUCACAUCUCUCGGAUUAUCCAGCAAUAGAUUUUAGUGGAGACGAGAGAAUUCAUUGCUUCCCCGAAGCAAUUGUUGGUCUCAGAAUCCAUGAUGAGCUUACUGUGGAUCCUUCAUUGAUGCAAGGAAGCAAGACCAUUGUUGAUUUUAGAAAUAUUCUUGAUCGAGCUUAUUGGCCAAGGAUUCGUGGAUUGAUUCAGGAUGAAGAACGAGAAGCUCAAGAAAAACUAAGGGAGAAACUUUCUUUGUCUCCAUCAUCAAAAACUUCGUCAGAGAUUAUAAGAAAUGUGGGAGACAAUCUAUUGAAGAAACCAAAAUUGGUUGUUUUAUCUAGAAAUGGGUCUAGAGCUAUAACUAAUGAGAAUUUGUUGGUCAAAAUGGCUGAGGAUAUUGGGUUUCGAGUUGAAGUUGCAAGGCCUGAUCGAACUACAGAAUUGGCAAAGAUUUAUUGGGCACUUAACUCAAGUGAUGUGAUGGUGGGAGUCCAUGGUGCAGCCAUGACACAUUUUCUCUUCAUGAAGCCUGGCUCUGUGUUUAUUCAGAUCAUUCCCCUUGGAACUGAUUGGGCAGCUGAGACAUAUUAUGGUGAGCCAGCAAGGAAACUUGGUUUGGAGUAUGUCAGCUACCCAGUUCUUCCCACAGAAAGCUCUUUGUAUGACAUAUAUGAUAAAGAUGAUCCUGUUCUUCGAGAUCCAACAAGUAUAAACAACAGGGGCUGGCAGUACACCAAGUCAAUCUAUCUUGGCCAAAAUGUGAAGCUAAACUUCAGAAGAUUCCAUAAGAGGUUGGUCCGUGCAUAUGGUUAUUCUAUCAACCGGAUUGUUCAUCAUCAGUCACAGUAAUCCUGAAUGGCCUUGCUACCCUUGCUUUGAUUAAUUUAAUUGGUAAUUGUAAUUUUUUUGUUUGAAAAAUUGGUGAAAUCAUUCCUUGUUUUGUACAUUGAGCAGGAAGAAUAGGUUUUCAUUUUGGUAACAUUUAUAAAAGUAAAACCCCUUCUCAUUUUUGUGUUA